AUGCCAAGACGCAACAUACCAAGACCCCGGUCUCGAUGCAGUGCCUGUGUAGUCUUAAAUAGAGGAUGUAAUCCUCAGUGCAUCUUUACUCCUUACUUCCAUUGUGAGAAUAGUAUUACUCGCUCUGUCACAAUCCGUGAUGUUUUUACUAUCAGAAAUGUUGUCAGCCUCCUAACUCCGCUUUCGGCCAGUGACCGAUUUUGGGCUUCCGAUACAUUCCUUUUUGAAGUUCAAGCCCGGCUUCAAGAUCCUGUCUAUGGAUGUGUAUCCCACAUUCUAACCCUUCAACAGCAGGUAAAAGCUUAUUCUACCCUCGAACAAAUAAAAAAUUUCAGUCAUGUCCCCAAAGCCCUAACCCAUAAUUCAAUUCGUGCAAUCAGUUUCUCUUCUCGCUUCUCCCUCGCAGCCUCUACUGUCCGUUAUCUUUGGCGUCCAUCAUCUCCGGCGGCAGUGUGCAUCACCGGUGUCCCUCGUCCGUCGCCGCUCAUCUUCGUCGCUCCGUUCGCCCUGUCAUAUCCGGCGUCACAGCGUCACAUCACCUCCGGCGUCCACAUCUCCGUCUUCUUUGCUGCAGCUUCUCGCCGGGGUCACAGCGUUCCCGCUCCGGCGUCACAACAAUUCAGAACUGAGAGAUUUUUGUUGUGUUUCUUGUUGGAUUUUUGCUGUGGUUAUUGUUGA